GGACUAAUUAGAUCUUUCCCAAGAAGAUAUGAUAAACUUUCCUGAGAAGAAUACCAAUCUUUGGGAGAAGGAAGCUACCAUGGUGCUGGAAAACCAGUCGCAGAUGGACAAUGUUAGGAGCUUCCCUGAAGGGGACAAAAACUGUUACAACCUAAACUUGACUAAGGGUGACCGGUAUUUAAUCAGAGCAUCGUUCAUGUACGGAAACUACGAUGAAAAAAAUGAAACCCCACAAUUUGACCUGUAUCUUGGACCUAACUUGUGGUGUACCGUGUCAUUACAAGAUGCCUCAGCUUCCAGUUCCUUUGAGAUCAUUCACACCCUCCAGUCAAAUCACUUGUAUGUUUGUCUAGUAAACACCGGAGAAGGGACACCAUUCAUAUCAGCAUUAGUGCUAAGGCCAUUGAAGAAUACAACUUACGAAAGUCAAACAGGAUCGCUGGACUGCUUCGGAAGGUACGAUGUUGGUUCGACGGCUGAAGAUGGAUUCAGGUUUAAAGAAGAUGUCUAUGACCGUUAUUGGGUGCCUUUAGAACGCGAUGAUUGGACACAGAAAACAACUAAAUUUUCCAUUGACUCUGGAAAUGACAAUGAUUACCAACCACCAUCCCUUGCAAUGAGGACUGCUGCAGCGCCUGUUAAUGCUAAUCGGUCAUUAGAUUUUCCUCUUGGCUCAAUGGACUCAAAUUCCAAACUUUAUGUCUACAUGCACUUUGCUGAAGUUGAAGAGCUAGAAUUUGAAAGGCCAAGACAGUUGAUUGUCUCUUACAAUGACUUUCAGUCUGAGCCUUUUAGUCUUGAGUAUUUGAAGGCAACCACUAAGUUCUUCUUGUUUGAAUUGAAUAGUGGACAGGAGGGGAGAAUUUCAAUCUACAGUACAGAAGAUUCAACCCUUCCACCUAUUCUUAAUGCCAUUGAGAUUUGUAUGGAAAAACAGUUCUCAAAGUUACAAACAGCUGAACAAGAUGUUGAUGCUAUCUUGAAUAUAAAAUUGAUAUAUGGAUUGAAGAGAAACUGGCAAGGAGAUCCUUGUGCUCCUCCAGCAUACCUGUGGGAAGGUCUUAACUGCAGCGAUAAUGAUCCACCUAGAAUCAUAUCCUUGAAUUUAUCUUCCAGCGGCUUGACAGGAGAAAUACCUCCUUAUAUAGCUAAUUUCAUUGAAUUACAGUAUCUGGACUUAUCAAAUAAUAGGCUGACUGGAUCAGUUCCUGAGUUUCUUUCUCACCUGCAGUUCUUGAAAGUGCUAAAUUUGAAAGCAAACAUGCUCAAGGGUUCAGUUCCAGCCAAACUAAUUGAAAUGUCAGAAAAUGGUUUACAACUAAGGCAUCUGGAAUUUGGCUACAUUAGUGUUGAAGGAAAUCCAGAUCUUUGUGCCUCAAUGUCAUGCAAGAAGAAAAGUAUCAAGAAUGUUGUUGCAGUGGUAAUCUUAUCUUCACUUUGGGUCCUCAUGAUUGGAUUGGGUAUCAUUUGGAGGCUUAAAAGGAGAAAAGUUACAGCUAGUGGUGUUAGAGAAUACCACUCACUGGUGCUGAAGAAUCUACAUGUAACAUACUCUGAGGUCCUAAAGAUCACAAAUAAUUUCGAGAGAAUUCUUGGGAAAGGAGGUUUUGGAACAGUUUUUCAUGGCUACUUAGGUGACACUCAAGUGGCAGUGAAGAUGCUUUCUCAUUCACCAGAUCAAGGAUACAAGCAAUUUGAAGCAGAGGUUGCACUUCUCUUGAGAGUUCAUCACAGAAAUCUGACAAGCCUCAUCGGAUAUUGUGCUGAGGGAAACAAAAUGGGGCUAAUUUAUGAGUACAUGGCCAAAGGAAAUCUAGCAGAGCUUCUUUCAGAGAGCAGCAUUGUUAUCCUGAGUUGGGAGCAAAGGUUUCAAAUAGUGGCGGAUGCAGCAUCAGGAGUUUGCUGUGGUCAGAAAAGAAAGGGGGGUUUUGAAAGAAAAAACUUGCUUGCAGCCAUUUGGGUUUGGUCGGAGUUUGUGGUGGUAGAUUUCCCUCAAAUCUCUCUCACACAAGCCCUCAAAGAUCAUGAAAGGCUCUGAUACCAUUUGUUGGUUUUUUUCACAAAGAAAUGGAGAGAAAAUCGGGAGGAAGAUGAAGAGCUGAACAUAAACCAAAAUGGAGAGAAGUAUAACACUCCAACUCAGAUUUUUUCAUUAACAAUCUCUGAUAUAUAUAGCAGAAUACAAACUUUAAAACAAU